CAACAAUAAAAUUAUUUUUCAUCAUAUCAAUUUGAGCACAUCUAGUGAAGUAAGAAAACGAGAAAAAAGCGCCGACGCAUCAGAAUCAGAAACGCUCAGACUUUGAACUGACAGUCGUUCAGCUACUCUCAAACUGAUCGGUUGUUACUCUCUUGAAAUACCAAAUUAAAUAAAUCACAUAAAAAAAUGCCAGCUGAAAAAUACUUGAAAGCCGAUCCUGAGCUCAAGGCUGAGCUUAAAAAAAUUGCUGAGCAAAUUGUUGCACCAGGAAAGGGUAUUCUUGCUGCUGAUGAAUCAACAGCGACAAUUGGCAAACGUCUUGAAGGAAUUAGUGUUGAAAAUAAUGAAGCCAAUCGUAAGGCAUACAGAGAAUUGCUCUUCAGCACAAACAAAGAUGCUAUUUCUCAAUCAAUUUCUGGUGUAAUUUUAUUCCACGAGACUCUCUAUCAAAAAGCUGAAAAUGGUACACCCUUUGUUGAAUUAAUGAAAGAACGUAACAUCAUUCCAGGUAUCAAAGUUGACAAAGGUAUUGUACCACUUUUUGGUACUGAUGAUGAAUGUACAACUCAAGGACUUGAUGAUCUUCAAGCACGUUGUAUACAAUAUAAAAAAGACGGCUGUCAUUUUGCUAAAUGGAGAUGUGUACUUAAAAUAAAAGGUGAUAAACUACCAAGUAAACUUGCUAUUAUUGAAAAUGCAAAUGUACUUGCACGUUAUGCAUCAAUAUGUCAAAGUGCUAGAAUUGUACCAAUUGUUGAGCCUGAAAUUCUCCCUGAUGGUGAUCAUGAUCUUGCUCGUUGUCAACAAGUUACUGAAGAAGUAUUAUCAGCUGUUUAUAAAGCAUUAAAUGAUCAUCAUGUUUAUCUUGAGGGUACAUUAUUAAAACCAAAUAUGGUAACACCUGGUCAACAAUGUCCAAAACGUUCAACACCACAAGAAAUUGCAUCAGCAACUGUUAUUGCAUUACAACGUACAGUACCACCAGCAGUUACUGGUAUUACAUUCUUGAGUGGUGGACAAUCUGAAGAAGAAGCAUCUGUUAAUCUUGAUGCUAUUAAUAAAUUCCCUGGUAAAAAACCAUGGGCACUUACAUUCAGUUAUGGACGUGCUUUACAAGCUUCAGUUCUUAAAGCAUGGGGUGGUAAAGCUGAUCAAGUUGCUGCUGCACAGGACGAACUUAUCAAACGUGCCAAGGCAAACGGUGAUGCUUCUGUUGGAAAAUAUGCUGGUGGUGUCAGUGGUGCAGCUGGUGAUGCAGGAUUAUUCGUAGCAAACCACGCGUAUUAAAUUGAAAUAAAAAAAAUAAAUAAUUUAAUUUUACCAUAGAUAACUCCCUGGUUUUAAAUAUUGAAAAUUCAAAAAAUUAAUAUUGAAAGAUAAUAAAAAUUUACAAAAUAAUACUAAACAAAAACGCAUAAUUAUUUUUUUUUCAAAAACUCUUAAACUAUUUGUUUAUAUUUUUUUUUUUUUAUUUAUAACAUGUAUAGUAACUGAAUUUUAAACAAUAUUAAAAUAUUUUCUAUAUUUUAAUAGUUGAUAAACAUAUUUUACUUUAAAAAUAAAUAUAAAAUAAUAAGUUUAAUUAUCAAUUUUCAGGGAGUAUAUAAUAAUACAAUUUAAUUUCGACGUAUCUUGGCAUUUGUAAAAAUUUAAUCAAUAUGUGUGUUAUUGUAUGAAAAUUUGAUCAAUAUUGAAAAAUUUAAAAUUAUUAUUAAUUGAUGAGUAUAUUGUCCGAAUAUUUUCAAAAAAAUAGAUGAAAAUUACAUUAUGUUGAUAGAUGAAAAAACCAAAAAAAAAAAAAACAUGAUGAGUGUUGGUUAAUUGUUUGUAGUCAAUGUCAUGUUAUCGAAUUUAUCAAAAAUUGUAUUGAUAUUUCUGUUAAUGUUGAGAUAUUUAAUUAUAUUUAACAUUGAUGUUACUAUCUAAUAAUUUUCACUGUACUUUUGACUAUCAAAAAUACAAUAGAGGGUUA